CAACACGUAGAUUCCACGCCAUGUCGAGAAAGUCAAGGAAGAAGGCUCCCCGACAGAAGCGGGGUGCGACCAAGCGCGAAAAGGUAAAAGUGGAUCCAGCUUUGCCAAAGGUCGUAGCUGUGACACCAAAGGUGCCACAAAAGGCGACCCCGAAGGUGCCACAAAAGGCGACCCCGAAGCGGAAGCCCCGAGCAAGGGCCACCCCGAAGGCCCCAAAACCAAAGCCCGAACCAGAAAAGGCGCCACCGAAGCCAAAGCCUAGAAAGAACAAGAGAAAAAAGGCUGUGUCUGACUCAAGUGAAAGGCGUCAGAAGAUCCCAAAAGCCGCAGAAUCGAAGCCCAAACCAAAGUCUUUGUCGAGCACCGAGCCAACAGAUUCGGCCAAACGCAAGCCCCUCAAGAGAAGACCAGCGGAGUCUGAUUCAGAGUCCAGUGAAACACCUGCCAAGAUGACCCCCAAGCCAAAACGAAGGUUGCGGUCUGGCAGCUCAGACUCUGAUGACUACGUGAGGUCACACAUCGUGGAGCAGCACGAGGCUGCCCGAAAGCAACAGAAGCAGCAGGAGGAGAGUGAGGAGGAGGAUGAGGAAGAACAGGACGAGCCUUCUACAAAGGCUGCCCCAGCUGAGCAAGAGUCGGAUGAUGAAGAAGUAGACAAGCCUGCAGCAAAGGCUGCCCGAAAGCAACAGAAGCAGCAGGAGGAAAGUGAGGAGGAGGACGAGGAAGAACAGGACGAGCCUUCUACAAAGGCUGCCCGAAAGCAACAGAAGCAGCAGGAGGAGAGUGAGGAGGAGGAUGAGGAAGAACAGGACGAGCCUUCUACAAAGGCUGCCCCAGCUGAGCAAGAGUCGGAUGAUGAAGAAGUAGACAAGCCUGCAGCAAAGGCUGCCCGAAAGCAACAGAAGCAGCAGGAGGAAAGUGAGGAGGAGGACGAAGAAGAACAGGGCGAGCCUUCUACAAAGGCUGCCCGAAAGCAACAGAAGCAGCACGAGGAGAGUGAGGAGGAGGACAAGGAAGAACUCGACGAGCCUCCUGCAAAGGCUGCCCCAGCUGAGCAAGAGUCAGAUGAUGAAGAAGUAGACAGACCUGCAGCAAAGGCUGCCCGAAAGCAACAGAAGCAGCAGGAGGAAAGUGAGGAGGAGGAGGAGGACGAAGAAGAACAGGACGAGCCUUCUACAGAGGUUGCCCGAAAGCAACAGCAGCAGCACGAGGAGAGUGAGGAGGAGGACGAGGAAGAACAGGACGAGCCUUCUACAAAGGCUGCCCGAAAGCAACAGAAGCAGCACGAGGAGAGUGAGGAGGAGAAUGAGGAAGAACAGGACGAGCCUUCUACAAAGGCUGCCCCAGCUGAGCAAGAGUCGGAUGAUGAAGAAGUAGACAAGCCUGCAGCAAAGGCUGCCCGAAAGCAACAGAAGCAGCAGGAGGAAAGUGAGGAGGAGGACGAAGAAGAACAGGGCGAGCCUUCUACAAAGGCUGCCCGAAAGCAACAGAAGCAGCACGAGGAGAGUGAGGAGGAGGACGAGGAAGAACUCGACGAGCCUCCUGCAAAGGCUGCCCCAGCUGAGCAAGAGUCAGAUGAUGAAGAAGUAGACAAACCUGCAGCAAAGGCUGCCCGAAAGCAACAGAAGCAGCAGGAGGAAAGUGAGGAGGAGGACGAAGAAGAACAGGACGAGCCUUCUACAAAGGCUGCCCGAAAGCAACAGAAGCAGCAGGAGGAGAGUGAGGAGGAGGAUGAGGAAGAACAGGACGAGCCUUCUACAAAGGCUGCCCCAGCUGAGCAAGAGUCGGAUGAUGAAGAAGUAGACAAGCCUGCAGCAAAGGCUGCCCGAAAGCAACAGAAGCAGCAGGAGGAAAGUGAGGAGGAGGACGAAGAAGAACAGGACGAGCCUUCUACAAAGGCUGCCCGAAAGCAACAGAAGCAGCACGAGGAGAGUGAGGAGGAGGACGAGGAAGAACUCGACGAGCCUCCUGCAAAGGCUGCCCCAGCUGAGCAAGAGUCGGAUGAUGAAGAAGUAGACAAGCCUGCAGCAAAGGCUGCCCGAAAGCAACAGAAGCAGCAGGAGGAAAGUGAGGAGGAGGACGAGGAAGAACAGGACGAGCCUCCUGCAAAGGCUGCCCCAGCUGAGCAAGAGUCGGAUGAUGAAGAAGAAGACAAACCUGCAGCAAAGGCUGCCCGAAAGCAGCAGAAGCAGCAGGAGGAGAGUGAGGAGGAGGAGGACGAGAAAGCGGCCCCAGCUGAGCAAGAGUCGGAUGAGGAAGAAGUACACAAACCUGCAGCAAAGGCUGCCCGAAAGCAACAGAAGCAGCACGAGGAGAGUGAGGAGGAGGACUUUACAAAGCCUGCUCGAAAGCAACAAAGGCAGCAGGAGGAGAGUGAGGAGGAGGAUGAGGAAGAACAGGACGAGCCUUCUACAAAGGCUGCCCGAAAGCAACAGAAGCAGCAGGAGGAGAGUGAAGAGGAGGACGAUGAAGAACAGGAGGAGAGUGAAGAGGAGGACGAUGAAGAACAGGACGAGCCUCCUGCAAAGGAGACAAGGGAUGGAGGAGAAGAAGAAAGCUCUAGCUCAGAAGAAAUUGACCCUGAGGUUCUGGCAAAGCACCAGGCUCAAAUGCGGGAGCGGAUGGCUGCCUCCAGAUCCGAAGACGACCCAAGCAGCGAGGAUGAUGCGGUACUUCCGCCAGAGCAACGGAGAAAUCCAUUCCACCACAAGGCUCUGGUAGACAGCAUUGGCUACUACAGCCGAGACGAGGCCUUUGACAUUUGUGAAAUGUGGAGAUCGGAUAUGGUUGAAGACAUCAAAAGGGUGAAGAGGGAGAGAGGACAGGAACAGGCCAUGCGUUACUUCUCAGAAAUGCGAGAACAGGAGAGAAUGAAAACAAUGCGUUUGGAGGUUGAUUGCCUUCUUUCACACCUGGAAUUGGCCAGGCUUUGGCUUAAGGGUGAUAUGUUUGCAGAACACCAUCGGGCAGAAAUCGCCGGCAGACUUCUUCCAAAGCUCACAGAGAUCUUCCAAGCCGCCACCGUCGCCAACGACGCCGCCAGAGUUGCCGGAUGA